AUGUAUAUGGAUGAAAUAUUACUUUAUGCUGAUAAAGCACGACUUGAUAGUGAUCAGAUUCACCUUCUCUUCUAUCCUCCUUGUAAGUUACACUCACAAAUCACUGAACUCAUUUCACCUAAUUCCAAUAAUGUCAAUUCCAUAGAUAUUCCAAAAUCCCAAAACGCUUUUCUCUUAUACCGCAAAAAUUAUGCUGCAAAUCAUAAAUCUCUUGAGAGUAAAAAGGAUUGGAAAAUUCUUUCAAAGGAAGCCAGUGAUGCCUGGAAGAAUGAAUCGAACAAAGUCAAAAGUUACUUUAAAGUAUUAUCAAAAUUAGCUCUUCAAAAACACAAGUUAAUUUACGAAAGUACCAUUUCGGGGAAUCAACUACCAAAAAAAAUCAUCUUUGUUACUCAACAACCAGAAUCACAAAAAGAAAAUUCUUAUAAUACCAAAGAUAAAUAUUGUACAAUUUCAUCAUCACCUUUUCCAAAAUUUUCUCCUUCCUCUUUCCAUUGCACAAAUAAUAAUCCAAACUCGUCUUAUCAACAACCAGAACCGCAACAAAAACAAAUAGAUAAUAAUAAUAAUGCCAAUUAUACAGUUUCGUCAUCAGAUUUUUCUUCUGCUUUUUUGUACACAAACUAUAAUACAAGCCCGUCUUAUCAACUACUACAAAAACAAGAAGAUAGUAAUAAUAAUAACGAUUGUACUAAUGCUGUACUUCAACCCUCCGAAUUUAAUAUUACUACGAAUUUAAACAAUGGUGAAAAUCUCCUAGGAGGAUUUCAACAAUACUUACAAACUGAACAAACAGAUGCACAAUUAUAUGAGAACUUGUUUGACUUUAUUGAUUUUUGUCACAAGAAAAAUAAAAAUAUGAAACAAAU